AGUUUUGGUUAAAUGAUCCAAACUUUCAUUCUACCCAUUGAAACCUUAAUCCUUUGAUGAAUCUGGUCACAUAUUUGAUUUCUCAUUCGUUCAUAUUUCCAUUUCUUCAUCAGUACACAGCGAAUAGCCGAAAACUAAAAAAAAUGGUGGAUGCUAGGAGGAGUACGCGGGCUUUUGUUCUCAUUUGUAUACUUUCAUUUCUCAAUACUGAUGGAUGUAUUGUGGAUAUCACUUAUCUUGAGAGUGCUAUAGAGAAAGGAGCAGUUUGUCUUGAUGGAAGUCCCCCAGCUUAUCAUCUAUCUCCAGGGUUCGGUUCAGGGGUGAAUAAUUGGUUAGUUCAUAUGGAGGGGGGAGGAUGGUGCAAUAAUGUUACAACCUGUCUGGAUCGCAAAGAUACAAGAUUGGGGUCUUCCAAUAAAAUGGAAAAACAGUUCAACUUUUCUGCGAUUUUAAGCAACAACCGAUCAUUUAAUCCAGAUUUAUACAAUUGGAACAGGGUCCUGAUCCGCUACUGUGAUGGUUCUUCAUUUACUGGAGAUGUAGAGAGAGUAGAUCCUGCUACUGAUCUUCACUAUAGAGGAGCGAGGAUAUGGCUUGCUAUUAUGGAAGACCUGCUUGCAAAAGGACUGAAAAAUGCAAACAAUGCACUUUUAUCUGGAUGUUCGGCUGGUGGAUUGGCAUCCAUACUACAUUGUGAUAGAUUUCGUGCGUUUCUACCUAAGGAUGCUAAGGUUAAAUGUCUUUCAGAUGCCGGUUAUUUCAUCAAUGUGAAGGAUAUAACUGGAAAAGAGCACAUCAAAGCCUUCUACGAUGAUGUGGUGAAAACACAUGGAUCGGUGAGGAGCUUACCUUCUUCGUGCAUCUCUCAUCUGGGACCAGGCAUGUGUUUUUUCCCACAGUACGCAGCACCGCUGAUAGACACGCCUUUGUUCAUGCUAAAUCCAGCUUAUGAUACAUGGCAGAUAGGGAACAUUUGGAUACCAGACACUGCUGAUCCUAAUGGUACCUGGAAUAACUGCAAAUUUGAUAUACGCCAUUGCUCUUCGAUUCAACUCCAAAUAUUUCAAGAUUUUAGGAUAAAGUUUCUGAAUGUACUCUCAUUAGUCGGGAACUCUUCAUCCAAAGGAAUAUUCAUAAACUCAUGCUAUAACCACUGCCAGACAGAGAACCAAGAGCUUUGGUUCGGAGCUGAUUCUCCAGUUCUCGAUAAUAUUACAAUUGCAAAGGCAGUUGGGAACUGGUUUUAUGAUCGAAGCUCCUUUCACAAGAUUGAUUGCCCUUAUCCCUGUGAUACGUCUUGCCAUCACGGUGUUUUCUGAACAUAUAAAGUUUUAGUUUGUUUCAAAGAUCAAAACACUAGAAAGGGUGAGCCGGAAAAAUAAGCAAAUAAUGUAUCAGCAUUUAAUCAAGGGAAUGUGAGGAGUUAACAUGAUACAUUCAAAGAAACAAGGUAAAAAAUUUAGUUGAAUAGUACUGGAGUAUAUCGAUCUAUAAUGCGGGUCAAGUUCUAAAUA